AUGGCCAACCCUGGAAACGUUGCCCGCGGCCUCAAGGCUGCUGUCUCCAACCCCAACAGCUCUGAGGAGGCCAAGGAGCGUGCCCAGGCUCGUCUCGAAGAGAUGGAGCAAAGCGGAGAGGCCAACAGCGCCGAGGCUCACAACGCCCAGGUUAGGCAGGGCCACAAGGCCGCCACGAACAACCCCAACGUCUCGGAGGGAGCUAAGCAGCAGUCGGCUCAGGCCGUCAGUGACUUCUCCUAA